AUGGAUGCGAUGGCGGCUCGCCUGCAGAGCUCCUUCGAUGAGGUGCUCGCCUCUGCCUCGCUGCUCAUGGAGGCUGCUUCUUCCACUCCUCGCGGUGGUGCGCACUCAGGCUCCAGUGCGCCACGCAGUGAGGUGGCGAUAGCAUCAGCGCUGGAGGUGUUUCAGAGCCGAGUGGACCUCUUUCAAGCCGCCUGCGACCGGGCUCAGCAGCAAGUGGACACAGCAAGGCACCGGCUGCUGUCAGAAAGCCUGGUGGACGAAGCAAGAGGCGCAGCAAUUGACACGUCUGCCGUGGGUGCAGCCGGAGGAGAGGGGGAGGCGCAGAUGGUGCUGGGAGCAACUCGGUUGGAGCAGAUCAGCAAGGCAGUGAGAGCCAUGGUGCAGGACCUGCAGCACGGGCAUGCAGACAAACACUGA